UCCUCCUUUCCUAUUCAACCUCCUGCACAGAGUGGCGUCGAGUGGUUGCAGUUGGGACCCAUAUUCAAGUGCUUUAUUGUUCUGCAAUUCGACCUUAAUUCAAGUUACUCUAGUCUCGAUUGUGCAUCGUUUGUUAAUCGACACAUGCUCCCAUAGGUUACGAGCCAACGACAGUACAUACGUCCACCGCCACCUUAUCCGCUUUCGCUUCAUCCAGCCAACACAUCCUCGCUAUCGGCAUUCCGUCCAGCUCGUUCUUCGCUCCCAUGGCUUUGGGCAUCGCUUUCAUUACUGUACACUUGCGGCGCAAGCAGAAGAGUCAAGGUGAAGAUAAAGAGGGAACGGAGAAAAGCAGUUCAUCUCUGUUCUCUCGACACAAGCCUCUCAUGCGAUCUACGAAAUGCCGCCAUCCAGAGCACAUUAUCACUCCUUUCACGGGUCGCAGGUUCUCAGUGGUGCAUAUCGCUCCUGAAUAUAGCCCAGGGACAGAAACGUCUGUGCGUCCAGUCCCCCAUCAAAGAUCCGAUGGCUCCUGGUAUUUUGAUACCUCUGGGGCAUCUCCACCGGCGUCCCGCGCCAGCGCUGAUCCUCGUGUGCCUGAGGUAUCCUCCCAGGGAACGUACCACCGUUCCCCGAGGAGAUUUGCUUCGCAACCAGAUAUGCGGACGCGGGGACGGGUGGUUAGGCCCCAGUCAGGACACUCGAUUGCCCCGACGUGCCCGCCGGGAAUCUGCCGAAGCCCUACACCCAGCACUUCUUCUGAGUGCUCUGGAAGCUCUUCGGCGACUGUUGAAAAGAUGCAGGAGCGUCUACAAGAGCUAAGGGAGUUCCAAGUCAGGCAGGCUCAGGUUGCGAAGCAGCGGCACUGGCAGCGCGCUGCACUCCCUCCCCUUCCUCCGCUCCCACCACCACCGCCAUACACCCCGUAAAUGUCUAACGACCUCAACGACGACCCACAAAAGAGGAUGUCAUGCGUCGUAUCAUAGACUCUCGCCAUUAAUUCCCGUGUUUCCACGCGAACUUGGUAUCUUCAAAUCUGCGUUAAUCACCUUCCCCUUCAUUCCUUCCCACUGCCCUUCCCUAGCGGCCUCUCCCAAUCUACUCGCCCUACCAUAUGCAUGAGCUAAUACCCCAUUGUUUCCCUACAGUAGCUUACAUCGCACCUUAACUGUAUCCAUAAGGACCUCCGCCGC